CCAAUACACUCAUUUUACAAAUAGGAAACAUCUAACGUGGACCCUGUUGUAUCACCAAAAGGUCCCACCUCACAACUCCUCUGCUCUCCGCGUUUUCGACUAAUCAGACCACUCAUGUUGAUUCACCUAGCUCUCUAAUCACUGAUCACAACCAGUAAUGAAUAGAAUCAAGGGCUUUCGUAUUUCUAGAGCUAGGGAAGAGAUAUGGAAAUGUGCGUCGUUGUAUUCGGGUAUGAUGAAGCUGGAAUCUUUUCUUGUUGAUGUUGUGAAAGUUCGGUCUUUUCAUUGUCGAGGACAAGGAGACGGUGGAGGUGUUGCUGGAGUGAGCAACGGGGAUCUUGAUGUGGGGAAGUUAUCCGUAGCGAUAAAGAAUUUGAAGCAGAGGUUUGUAGUGUCUUCGAGCUAUGAAGUCAAAGGUGGGAAUUUUUUUCGGGGAUACUCUUCGAGGUCAGGAAAGGAUCCUAAUAUAAGCCGAGAUUUUUUAGUUCAGCUUUGGGUUGAUGAUCGGAAGAAGAGAAAAAUUAAACAAAAGAGAAAGCAGAUCAGGGAAAGCUCUGUGAAUGUAAAUGAUGAAGAAACAGUGUAUGAUAAUCCAGCUUCUCUGCAGCAAGUAUUUGGAAAAUUAUUUUCAAAGGCAUUUGUUACAGAUGAAAAAACUAGUGAGCCGGAGAAACCAAUUCUGAAGCAACCGCCCCCUAGUCAACGCAUGACAGGCCCUCUAAAACCAGCUACAUCACUUGAGGCUCAGGUUGCACCUCUUCUUGCAAGAUCCACUUUGUUAAUUACCAGGGAUAUAGAAUGGGCCAAUCUCAUGCUGGGUUUUGAGCAGGAAAAUCGUUACGGUAUAGUUGAUGUCAGCUAUCCUGGAACACCUGUAGGUUUGAUUCGUGAGCAGAGUAAUAUAAUUGCCAGACAGUUGCUACGCACCAGACGCCCUUUCGUAGCUCACAUAACUGAUGCCUCCGGUAAUGAACUUUUCAGGGUUCGUCGUCCCUUUUGGUGGAUAAAUAGCUCAAUCUAUGCAGAGAUAAAUGGAAAGGAAGUUGGUGUUGUGCAUAGAAGAUGGCAUCUUUGGAGGAGGAUUUAUGAUUUGUAUUUAGGGAAUGAGCAGUUUGCAGUGGUUGAAAAUCCCGGGUUUUGGAACUGGACAUUUACUUUGAAGGACGUUAAUGGGGAGGUGCUGGCUCAGAUAGAUCGUGACUGGAGAGGUUUUGGUUUUGAGAUAUUGACAGAUGCUGGUCAGUAUGUGAUCAGAUUUGGGACUUCCGACAUUGUAUUAAAGAGUGGUCCUGCAUCACUGACUGAAGAGUUACAGGUAGUUCGACCUUUGACUCUGUCAGAAAGGGCAGUAGCUGUAGCACUUGCUGUGUCGCUAGAUAAUGAUUAUUUUUCACGACAUGGUGGAUGGGGACUUCCUUUUAUUGGAAUAGACGAAUAACUGACAUCAGAAGUAGUCAGAGUCAUUGCAGAUUGAUCCCCUCAGCGCCACCUUUUUUAAUUUUCUCAGCUAAUUGAUAUCCUUGUCUGAAACUUCUGCUUUUAUCAGCUAAAACCCGACAGUGCUGAAUGUUAUGAUUUGAGUCUAGCCCUAGCAGAGUGAUCCAGUCAUAAUUGAUAUUGACGAAAUAUCAGUAGUAUCAGUGAUCUCUAGUCUUAUUGUGUUUAACUUGCAAAUUACGUUAACAGGGGUAUGUAUAUUGCACGUUUGCUCUUACUGUAUCAGCUUGUCUGUCCUCGGUUGUUUGAGUUCUUUCUUUUGGUUGAAGGAUGGGGCGUAAACUUGCAUUAUUGCUGUUUGCCUCAAGGUUGGUGUCAUAAUUGAUUUGAAUUUGCAUCACA